AUGUCACAGUCCAGCGAAAUCUCUCUGGGCCUGAAAAAUUCUAUCGAAGAUGGAGGCUCCUGUCAGUCUUGUGUGAUCUCGCAGCGCCCAUGCUACUUUCUCCCCCGACACAAGGCUGGUCGACCCAGGAGAAGCAGUCGACCAUUGUCGAGCACACUCUCCAGCCGACAAACCACCCCUGCCUCCAUUCCAACCCCUCGACCAGAGAACGAUGUGAACGAGGUGUCUCCUGAUAAUGUGUGGCAAGCGAAUACGGCGCUGUCAUCUUUAAACAAUGCUCUCACUGCUAGCGACCUCACUUUAUUGCCUCCCGACCUGCAAAAUUUCUGUAGGGCUCCGCUCUCUCACUCUUCCACGCUCCACGACUGCCUCCCCGUUAGCGAUUCCCUCGUGCGAUCUCAGCCGCAUAACAAUUGCAGUAGUGAGAGCGACCCGUCAUCGGACUGGCUAGCUGGUUCACUGUCAGACGGAUCAAUAAGGGCUCGCUUCCCCAGUAUAUCUCCCCUGUGGCCAGGGUCGGUCCCCAAUUCUGGGGAUAGCAGGCGUGGCGGGGAUAGCUGGGAGAACUCGUCGGUGUCAUUCGCAGCGCUGCUAGAGAAAUGCAGUGAACUCGAUCAGGCGGCCGAUAUACUGAAGGAUCGCGAACAGUGGACAGCAAUUAAUCACCAUCUAAUCCCCGUUCUCCGCGCGAUUGAUGCCCUCUGCGACCUGUGUGCGGCCUUCAUCGCAGAGCAUCCCACUCCAUGCUCAAAAGAAUUACUAGACUCCGCGCUCGUGGCAUUGGUGAUUGCGGCAAAUUUCAAGAUUCUCGAGGUUUGCGGUCUGCUUGUCUCCAUUAGUGUCUCGGAUGUGCAGAGACCGCACGACCAGCUCCUGUUGAAACGCAUCGACUUUAAUCUCACACAGACUAAGAUCGCGCUGACCUCCAUGAAGGAGCAGGAGAUGACGUCGCGGUCGGUGUUUCAGACGGCACUUGAUCAGGCGGCGCGGAUCCAUCAGCAGAUUAUGGUUAUGACGGAGGGAUAA